UCCUCGUCGUCAUCUACUACUACUAGUACUAGUAUCCCAAGCGUAACCGAAACAGAAACACAUUUCUCUGACUUUAUUAUAUAGCUUUUUUGCCUUCUUCUUCCUCUUUUCUUUUUUUCCAAUCUUUUACAAUAAUAUUCAUCCGUACGCUCUCUCUCCCACACUCUCUCCAGUCUCCUAUUCAAAACGAAACCUUUGAGAUUCUCUCGAAAGAUAUCUCCUUUUCUCUGGCGAUUUUCUCGGUUUUUUUUCUUUUAUGAUGAAUCGGUGAUAACCAGAAGAGCCAAGAGAGGAGGAUCGAUAGAUUCGUGUAUCUUGAUUUGAUUUGAUUGGAUUGGAUUGAGAUCUCUCUAUCUGCAUUUGUUUUGAUAAUUAGUCAAAAACAAACUCUCAGAUUUAUUCGUAUAUGAUGAAUCCGUCGACUUCUACCAGCCGGAAACAACCGGGUCUCCGUCGAAGUCUCUCAUCGCCGUCGUUAUGCGGCGGAGGAUCCACCACGGCUGAGUGUUGCGGUGGUACGACGGCGAGUUGCGCGGCCAUUUGUCUUUGCCCUUGCAGCGUCGUCAACCUCGUCGUCCUCGCUGUUUACAAGGUUCCCCGCGGACUCUGCCGCCGCGCACUCCGCCGUAUGAGGCGGAGACGAUUGGCCAAAAAAAUGGAGAGUUCAGAGAGUGGAGAUUGCGAGAAGAAGCUGGGCAAAGUAGGGAGUUCGCAAUUCGCUGUACAUCCGCUGGGGAGCAAAGACGAGAAGGAGGAGGAAGAAGAAGAAGAUGAUGAAGCUGUGAUUGCAUUGGAGAAGGAGAUGUGGAACAGAUUCUACAGUGGAGGUUUCUGGCGAAGCCUUUCUCGUGCUGAAACGGCGUCGCCUCCUUAAUGCUUCUAACAUUCUUGUUGAGAUUGUUUUUGUUCAAGUGUUAGUCUGUAAAACCAAUAUGUGAAUUCGAGAUCAUGAUCAAUGUUGAUAGAAAUAUAUGUGUCAAUUCAAUUUAUCUAGAA